AUGGAAACAAUAGCUGAAGUUUUCAAUGAAGUUUAGGAGUCUACCUCAGUCUCUUAAAAGCAAGUAUAUGCACUUCUUGAGUAGUAUGAAACAAAUAAAGCAGUAUUUCUUAAAGCAACAGAGCAAUGCUAUCUUAAAAUUAUCAAGAGCUUGCUUAAGGCACCAAGAAAAUUAAUUGAGAAAUAUGAAAAAUUGACUGAAAAAUUAUUUGAAACAGGAUAUCGUUAGUACGCUCUCAAAGAAGAUUAGUCAUCAAAAAAAUAAAAGUUAACAAAAAGGGAUAUCUUUUAACUUUUUUAACAUUUCUUGGCAUUUUUUGCUGGAGCUCUUGACUCCACUUAACUCUAAAUAAGAAUCUUCUCUUCUCGUAUAAUUUUCUAACUCUUAAAGAUAUUACCUUCAGACACUCUUGUAGAUAUUAUUGAAGUAAAAGUUGCUAAGUAAUUAAUAUUAGGUACUCUUUCUUUGAUGAAAGAGAAGAAGGGUAACUUAAAGCACAUAGGUAUUAAGAUUACGUCUUAUUUGCAAAAAUUAAUGGAUAGAGAUGAUCUUACAGAAACAUAAGAAGCAAAAAUUCUUAGAAGCGAAAUGAUGAAGAGUAUGUGCAUGGACGACUAAGACUAGAUUAGAAAAUUGGCAUUAAUCAACUUGGAAAUGAAUGAAAGCACCUUCCCCCAUUUAAUUAAGAGAAUCAGAGAUAAAAAUCCUGAAAUUAGAGCUACAGUCUUCAAGAAACUUAUUAAAGAAUAAAUACCUCUUGCUAACUUAAAUUUAUCUGAUAUUUAUAAACUUAUUUAUGAUGGUUUAGGAUCUAGAGAAUCAUCUGUCCGUGAAGCAUGUAUAAGAUAUCUUUAGCUCAACUAUAAUUUGUUUAAGGAAGAUGAAGAAAAUCCUUAAAAAAAUUAAAUUGAAGAAGAAAUGGAAUUAGAAGAGAACAAAGAAAAAGAUGGAGAAAAAGAAGAAAGCUCUGAAGAUAAUGAAAUUGAUGAAGAAAAAACUAAAAAAAAGCAAAGUAAAUCUGCAAUUAAGAGAUUUUUCACACCAAAUAAAGAGACUGCCAUGAAAGAUUUGAAAAUUAAAAUUUUAAACUUUUUAAAAACCUUUGAAAUUGAAAAGAGUCUUUACUACCCUGAAUUAUACGAGAGUUUAGAAUUAUUAGUAAAGGAAACUAUCAAAUAAAUAUUAGAUGCUGAUAGCUUCUCAGCAUACUUAAAGGAUUGCUUUUUAAAUCAACUUAGUCUUAAAAAGAAGAAAAAGCACACUUAAAUUUCAAUCGAAGGAGAAGAGCUAUUCCUAAUUAGAGUCCUCUGUUAAAUGGUUUAAAAUCAAGAUGAUAGAAAGGAACUCAGUCCUGAAUUAGUAGCUGUAGUGGAAGAUUGCUUCCCAAACGGUGUUGAUUUCUCUUAAGUGAUUGACUACUAUUCAUUCACUUAGCCUAAUUUAUUUUCCCUCUAUUAGGUUCUCCUUUUGGCAGAACUUCUCAUUAAUUGUGAUGAAUCAGGAAGAAAUAAAAUUGAAGAAACUCUAAAAAAUUUAGUUAUUAACAUGAGUAAUACCAAUUUAAUAUCCGAAAUCCCAACUGAUCCUUCUAAUGAAUACAAUGAUAUUUUCUAUUACCUUGAACCAGAUACUGUUAUGAAUAAUAUUUUUUCUCAAUCAUAUUUCUUCUCUCCUAUCAUUACAUGCUCGUAUGAAUUACUUCCAAUUAUAGUUCGUAUUUUAAAGAAGAUUGUGAGUGAUGGUAGAGUGAAUGUUCAACUUAUCUAGCUUAUUUCUGAAGUUCAUGAGCCUCUAGCUAAAGACACAGAUAAUGACUCACAUUUUGAUUUACCUUCAGAAUUGGAAAGAAUAAGAAAUAGUAUUAAUGAAGAGAAAAAGAAACUCGAUAAUAUUGAAAAAGAAUUGUCGAAUCUCAAAAAAAAUAAGACAAAAUAAAACGAAAUUUAUCAAUUAGAGAAGGAAAAAGAUGAAAAAUAAGCACAUCUUAAAAUUUGGGAAGAAAAGGAAGAUGCUAUUUAGUCAAAAAUUUUUGAUAUUUCUAUGAGAGAGCUUGUAUUAGUUUAAUCUCUACUCACUUAUUGCAAAGUUGAUCCUAAAGAUCCUGCUAUUUCAAAUUUAUUGUAGCAAAUCAUUUUACCUGGAUUACAUUCUUCUGAUAGAAGUUUAAACUUCAAUUCCUUGAAAUCACUUGCUCUCUAUGUUUUGAUUGAUAAAAAGAAUUGCAUUGAUUUCUUCUCUGUAUUCAGCGAUAUUUUGGACAAGAGUGAAAACUGCUAGAAUUGUACUCCACAAGAAAUCAUUUCAUUGAGAAGCAUAGUAGAUUUCCUACUUCUAUAUGAUCUCACUUAAAAGCAAUCCCAAGAUGACGAAGAUAUUGACAUUCCUCAAACAUAAGAUUUAAUACUUAAGUAUGCUUAUUAAGCUGAUAUUCUUCUUAGAACUAUUUCAAUUGAAGGGUUAAGCAAAUUGCUAUUUAACGGAAAACUUCAAGACCCACACACUACUAUUUGCUUACUUUUGGUUAUUUGGUUUGAUACUAAAAUCUGCACAAAAUAAGGCUUUAAGGCUAUUCAGAUACUUUCAACUUUAUUUAAGACUUUCACUGCCUCGAACUAUUACAAUCUUCAAAUAUUUGAAAAAGCUUUGGAAUUAUUCUCGUAGUUGAUGGUUACACUUGAGAAGAAAGGAUUAGUUUUUAAUGAUGAAUAUGUUAUUUUUGAUCAUAGCAAUGAAAAGUUUAUUUCAAAGGCUCUUAGAGUUGGAAUUAACUUAAUGUCCUAUGAAUAUCAUAAUAACACUGAAGUGCUUAAAAACGUUUCUUCUAAUGAAUUUCUUCCAUAAGAAAGAUUCUUCCUUUUCUUGGCAUACAAAUGCUCAAAAGAAAGACGCUUCCAAUCUCUUUUUGAAAAAAUUACUUAGUACUUUGACUUUUACAAUAAGUGCACUACUGAGUAACUAUAAAUAAUUCUUCACUUCUUAAAAGAAGCUAUCGAAAAUUGCCCAGUUAGUAAACAGUUCAAUUAAUUGGAAAAAGUAAUUAAAGACAAAAUAAAGAUUCAAGAUAAAAAUGAAAGAUAAGAAGAAGAUGAAGAAAAAGAAGAAUUAAAUAAAGUUUUAGGUAAAGAAAAGAGUGAUAAAGAAGAAGCAAAUGAUGCAGAAAAUGGUGAAAAUGGCUUAAAGAAUGAUGAAGAUUAAAAGCUUUAUACUUUAAAUGCAAAACAAUUAAAGAUUUGUGAUAAAAUUAUUGAACUAUUUGAAGGUAACCAACAAGAUAUUGAAGUUAUUGUCAAAAAUCUCUUUUCAAAUGGAACGUUGAUUAAUGACUCUGCUGAGCAAAAGAAGAAAAGAGCUAUGAUGUAUGAUGAAGAAGAUGAAGAAAGAGCAAAUAAUGAAGAAGAUGAUGAUAAUGAAAAAGAAGAAAAGCCUAAACGUGGUAGACCUGCUAAAAGAAAAUCUAUCCACCCUAACUCAGACGAUGAGGAAGAAGGAGAAGAUGAUGAUGAAUAGGAAGAAGGUGCCUAAGAAGAAACAAAAAGAAGAGGCAGACCUAAAAAAGAUAUCUCUGAAGCUUCUCAUGCUCCAUCAUAGAGAGGUAGAAAGAAAAAAGCUAUCUAUAUUGAUUAGGAAGAAGAAGAAGAUAAUGAAGAGGAAGAAGAAUAAGAAAAUAAAGAUUCUAAGAAAAACUCUGCAACUAGGAAAGCAAAGAAUGCUAAAGAAUUAGAAGAUAUACUCAAUUAAGAGACAGAAGAAGAUGAAGAUGAUGAAGAUAGAGAAGAAGUAAUAAAUAAAAGAACAUCAUCUAGAAGAGCUUAAAAAACAGUUUUACCAGAAUCUAAUGUUGCUCAAAAGACUAGCAAAAGAGGAAGAAAGAAAAAAGAUGUGUAAGAUGAAGUUAUUGAAUAAGAUGAAGAAGACGAUGAAUAAGAAGAAGAAGACAUGUCAGCAGAAUAAGACAUUGAAGAAGAAGAUAAAAAGAAUAAAAAAUAAGUUGGAAGAAGAGGUAGAAAACCAGCUUCUACUAAAUCUAUGGGUUCAUCAAGUGAAAAAGAGAGUCCAAAAACUAACAGGAGAGGUAGAAGAUCAGCAUCAAAAGAGAAUAAAAUAUCUGAAGAAAGUGAUGAGGAACAUAAAGAAACAGACAACGAAGAUUAAGAAGAGGAAUUGUCUUAAAAGAAAACAAGAGGCAGGGGCCGUCCUAAAAAAUCAAAUGAAAAGACUUAAUCAUAGGAAGAAGAAGAAGGAUAGGAUAAUUCAUAAUCUGAUGAAUAAGAAGAAGAGGUGGAGGAAGAAGAAGCCCCUAGAAAAACAAGAGGAAGCUCAAAAAAAAGUACACCAGCUUAAAAAAAAUCAAAAACAAGAUCUUCUUAGAAAUCCGUUGAUAAUGAAGAGAGUGGUGAAGAUGAGGAGCAAGAGGAGUAAAAACCUUAAAAGAAAGGAAGAGGAAGACCUAAAGCUUAACCUAAAGAACCUGAAUCAGAAUAAGAUGAGCAAAACGAAAGUGAGCAAGAAUAAGAAAAUGAAAGUGAAUAAGAGGAAGAAGAGGACGAUAAGCAGACAAAAAGAAGGGGAAGAAAACCAAAAAAUGUUACUCAAGCAGUGAAAAGAACAACUAGACACAAUAGUGCUAAUAAAAAUUCUGAUAAAGAAGAGUCUGAAGGAGAAGAAGAAAAUGAAGAAGAAGAGUAAGAGGAAGAUGAAGAAGAGUAAACUAGGGUUACUCGUAAGAGGGGUAGAAAACAAGCUGAUACAAAGAAGCCUACCAAGAAUGAAUCUGUAAGAAGCACAAGAAGAGGAGGUUCUAGAAAUAAAAUGGAGGAAGAACAUGAAGAUGAGGAAGAGAACGAGUCUUCUGAACAAGAGCAUGAAGAGUAAGAAGAAGAGGAGGAAGAGUAAGAGUAGACUAAGACUAGAGGAAGACCUAAAAAAUCACCAGCAAACAAAAGUCAAGCAAAAGAAACUAGGGGAAGAGGUAGAAAAAAAAAUGAAAAAUAAUAGAGUGACUCAUAAAGUGAAGAUGAAGGAGAAGAGGAAGAAGAUGAAGAAGAUCAAUAAGCAAACUAAAGAACAACUAGAAGAUAAAAAUAAUAAAUAGAAACCUCGAAAAAACCAGUGAGCUCCUCCUAAAGACUUAGAAGAAGAAAAUGA